UAUUAUCUCAUAUUACCACGUGCAAACGUUUGGGUCUUUUUUUGUGCUUCCUCUUAGAUGCAUCUUGUCCAGGUUUCUUUCCAGACCCUGCUAUAGCACAUGGGCUGUACAGGUUCCCACAAGGUCCUGAAGAACCCCCUGUCCUCCAUACUGGAGUGUUUUCCCUGCUCUAACACACCUGAUUCCACUAAUCAUCUCAUUAUCAGCCCUUCCUGAGCUGAAGUGGGUGUGUUAGAGCAAAGAUAACACUACAAUGUGCAGGACAGGACCAGGGUUGGGAACCUGUGCACUAUAUAAAUGCAUUAGAUAUGAUGGGACGAUGUCGGGCAGAAGAGUGGUGGUGUUUGGCUCAGCAGCCGAGCUCGGCCCGGCUCUGGCCCAUCUCAUAGCGUCUCGGGCUGAGAAGACACUCAGCAGCGGCGCUAGCUCUUUUUCCCUCGGUCUCUCUGGAGGAAGUCUGGUGUCCAUCCUGAGUAAGGAGCUGCCUGCUAUGCCGAACCUGGACUGCAGCCGGUGGCUGGUGGGCUUCUGCGAUGAGCGACUGGUUCCUUUCGAUGAUCCCGAGAGCACUUAUGGACUUUACAAGAACCAGUUGUUUUCAAAAAUUAACAUUCCAGACGACAGGGUUUUGGCGAUCGAGCCGUCUUUACCGGUGCAGGAGUGCGCGGAGGAUUACACCAGGAAGCUGAGUAAGGCGUUCGACACGCAGCAAACGCCGGUGUUUGACAUGCUGUUGCUUGGCAUGGGGCCUGACGGACACACGUGCUCCCUCUUCCCAGACCACCCGUUAUUACAGGAAAAGCAGAAGACUGUAGCUCCUAUCAGCGACUCUCCUAAGCCGCCCCCUCAGAGGGUCACCCUCACACUGCCCGUGGUGAACGCCGCCCGCUGCGUGGUGUUCGUGUCCACCGGAGGCAGCAAAGCCCCCGUGCUCAAGCAAGUACUGGAGGGUGGAGACGGUCCGGUCCUGCCCUCAGCCCUCGUCGCUCCGACCCAGGGCGAGCUCUUCUGGCUGGUGGAUGAACCCGCAGCCGCCUCCUUAACACUCGAAGUGGAACGACCAGGACCUGCUGUUAAACUCUGAUCUCAGAACAGGACCUGGUUUACUUAACUGAUUGUCAAGCUCUAUUAUUUACAUAAAAUAAAUUUAAAAAUGUGAUUUUUAUAUUGUUUAACUGUGUGACUUUACAAGUGGAAAAGUUCUACGUUAGUUGAGGAGACUUGACUAGCAAAUUAUUAAAUUUAUGUCAGAAGAUAUGAGGAAAAUUGCUUAAAAUUAAACAAUGAAAACUUCUAAAA